CCAGGCAUGGAGGCGGCGGAGCUGCGGGUGGGGUUCGUGGGCGCCGGGCGGAUGGCGGGGGGGCUGUCCCGGGGGCUGCUGCGGGCAGGGAAGGUGUCAGCCAGCAGCAUCCUGGCCAGCGCUCCCUCGGAUAAAAACCUGGAUGCCUGGCGGGACUUGGGCUGCCGGACCACCCACUGCAACCUGGAGGUGUUGCAGGAGAGCACCUUGGUUUUCCUGGCCACCAAACCCCACAUCCUGCCCGGAGUCCUGCAGGAAAUCCGUCCUGCCGUGGGACCCCACCACGUCGUCGUCUCCCUCGCUGCUGGUAUCACCCUGCAGACCCUGCAACGGCUUCUCCCUGCUGGGACCAAGGUGCUGCGGCUUAUGCCCAACCUGCCCUGCGUGGUGCAGGCAGGGGCGAUGGUCUUUGCCCGGGGCAGUGUUGUUGGUGACAUGGAAGCCACCUUGCUGAAGAACCUCUUGUCCUCCUGUGGGCUCUGCGAGGAGGUCCCCGAAUCCUACAUCAACAUCCACACCGGCCUCAGCGGCAGCGGGGUGGCCUACGUGUACCUGUUUGCUGAAGCUUUGGCUGAGGGAGCGGUGAAGAUGGGGAUGCCGGGUGGCUUGGCCAGCAGGAUCGCGGCUCAGACGCUGCUGGGUGCAGCAAAGAUGAUGCUGGAGACAGGGGAGCACCCAGCAAAGCUUCGAGGAGAUGUCUGCACACCCGGGGGCACCACCAUCCACGCACUGCACGAGCUGGAGAAGGGUGCCCUGAGGGCCACUGUCAUGAACGCCGUGGAGGCGGCCACCAAGAGGGCCUGUGAUGUGUCUGAGGACUAGUGGCUUGUCUGGAGACAAACCCCUCUGUCCUUCCCCCCUCUUCAGGGGACAGGGGGACCCUGACACCCCCAGGAGACCCUGGCUGGGGGUGGGAGAUGGUGUGUGGACCCACAUCCAUGCUACGUGCUACCUCUGCAGGGUUUCAACCAAAUAAAUGUCAGCAACAUUUA